AACGUAAUGAAUUAAGAUAACCUUGAGGAACACUCCCUUGUAGAAGCUUUCUGCGUCGACGCUUAUUUAUAAGAUUUUUUCAACAGAUAACUGUAUCUCAAGCGAAUAGAAAAUCUAGAAUCGUUUUCCUAGUGUUGUCAAGAGACAGACGAACCUUUCCCGACGACUCCAAAAUGUGGGAUAGCUUUUUGAAACUAUUCAAAAAACCUGCUGCCGCAACCGACGACGUCAACAUCCUCCUACUGGGAGAAACGGGCGUCGGAAAAUCGACUCUAAUAAAUUCAAUUUCGAACUACUUCAAGUAUCCCAGUUUUAAAUCGGCGCAAAAAGGGAAAAUCGACACUUUAAUACCUGUGAGUUUAGGACCAACGAAAGAUGACAACGAAAUCGGCGUCAAAAUGUGCCUACUCCCCGUCAAAAUGGACGGUAAAGUCUUCUACUUGAGACUGAUUGACACCCCCCCAAUCGGAGACCCCAGAGGAAUAGAACAGCACAAUAUCAAUCUGGAUAACAUUUUGGCAUACCUAGCGACUUUAAAAAAAGUCCACGCCAUUUGUUUUGUUUUAAAGUCGAAUCAGACGAGGUUCACGAAGUACUGUGUUAAGCAGACGUUGGCACGACUGGAUAAGAGUGCCAGUCCGAACAUCGUUUUUAUUACCACUGAUAGUAAAACGGGUGAGAAUAGAGCUGAAGAGUAUUUGGUGCCACUGUAUGGAGAUAUCCUAUCAAAACCUCCACAUACGUGUAUUCCUUUAAGCAAUAAGAACAUCUUCGCUUUUGACAAUGAAGCAUUUUCAGCCUUGUUGGACAUCCAAGAUGGAAAAAGUUACAACCAAGACGAAUUAAAAAGUUUUGCCCGAAGUUGGAACAUCUCGUCCAAAGAAAUUCGACGGUUGCUGACAUACAUUAUCGGCGAUUUGAAAACUCCAGCUUUGGAACCGCACGAAGUCGAAGCCACCAUCGGUCUUGACGAAAUCAGACUUCUCGUAGAACCACUAGCAACUUCCAUUGAUAAAGUGUCAGAACUUAUACAAGAGAACGUCAGUUUUGUCGAGAAACAGACACAACUCGAAGGAGAGCGUGCAUCUAUUUCUAGAAUCAUUGCCAAGAUUUCGUACUUCCUUCAAGAACACGAACUGACACCUUUCGGUGACGCCCACAGCGACUACAUUGAACAACUUCUCAAAAAUGAAAAGCGUGAAGUCGUCGCGAAACUCAAGAAACUCCUCAGUCAGCAACAUCACGUUCAAAAAAUCCUGGAAGAAAGCGCGAAAGAGUUCCAAAAUGAAGCCACAAGCAGCGAUUUGACUCCUCAAGGAAUCAAGAACGGUAUCACGGAACUGUACAAUUUGAAACACAUGGGGAAGAGGAUACAAGAACUGAAAUCUGAAAUUUGUCGUUACAAAGGAAGCCAGGAAGAUUUCGGCUACGUUGUUUCGUCAGAAAUCGACUUGGACAAGAUAAUCGUUGAAGAAGAAGAAUAUGAAAAAACGGACUACAGUCAAAGAAGCGGGUACGACAUCGACGAACCUGGAGAUUACGAUUUCGGUCACAAAAUUUUUUCAAAUACUUCACCUUUCAAUGGCCACGGAACCCACCACCAGGAGACACGUGACCAAGAAACAAAUGAAGAUUCUGACAAAGAAUCCAGUCCAGAAGACAUAAACUUACAUAGAAUGCAAUAUAGAGUGGAAUAUUCGUUCAAACGUGACUCUCAUAGCAACGAAAGUUAUGGUUCCGACCACCGCGAUUUUAGAAAUUCGUCCACAAGUGAUUAUGAUGUCAAAAGUGGACAUUCUGCUACAUCUCGUCACAGCAAAAAAUUUGAAGGCGAUGAUUCAGAUGAGGAUGGUUCUGUCAAAUCAAAUCGUGCCAAAAACAACUCUUCACCUUCACGGUCUAGAGUGAAAUACUCACCUAGACGUCAUCGCUAUAGCAGCGACAGCUAUGAUUCAGAUGACCGUGAUUUUAGAAAAUCGUCCGUGAGUGAUCAUUCUGUCAAAAGUGGACAUUCUAGCUACGAAAAUAAAUCCGAUAUUGAAAGUUAUGAUUCAGGGAGUGGUCAUUCUUCUGCAUCUUUUGACAGCAAAAGCAGCACCAAAGAACCUAAGAACCAAAGCCGGUCUAGAUCUUAUGAAGCCCAUGAUUCAGAUGAUGUCAAAUCAAAUCGUGCUAAAAAUAACUCUUCACCUUCACACUCUAAAGUGAAAUACUCAUCCAGACGUCAUCGCCAUAGUGGCGACAGCUAUGAUUCAGAUGACCGUGAUUUUAGAAAAUCGUCCGUGAGUGAUCAUUCUGCCAAAACUGAACAUUCUAGGUACGAAGAUAAAUCCGAUAUUGAAAGUUAUGAUUCAGGGAGUGAUCAGUCUUCUACAUCUCUUGACAGCAAAAGCAGCAGCAAAGGAUCUAAAAACCAAAGACGGUCUAAACCUUAUGAACCCCAUGAUUCAGACGAUGAUGGCUGCGUCAAAUCAAAUCGUGCUAAAAACAACUCUUCACCUCCACACUCUAAAGUGAAAUACUCAUCUAGACAUCAUCGCCAUAGUAGCGACAGCUAUGAUUCAGAUGACCGUGAUUUUAGAAAAUCGUCCCUAAGUGAGAGUAGUUAUGAUUCAGGCAGUGAUCAUUCUUCUACAUCUUUUGACAGCAAAAGCAGCGGCAAAGGAUCUAAAAACCAAAGACGGUCUAAAUCUGAUGAUUCAGAUGAUCAUGCUUCUAUUAAAUCAGAUCAUGCUCCAAGUAACUCUUCACAUUCACACUCUAGACGCCAUAGUAGCGAAAGCUCUGAUUCUUCUGGACACGAAGAUAAAUCCCAUGAUUCAGAUGGCGAUCGUUCUUCAAGAUCGUUUGACACCACAGGCAGUGAAAGCUAUGAUUCAAAUGACACUGAUUCCAGGAAAUCGUCCCGAAGAAAUUAUAGUGAAUAUUAUGGUUCAGGUGGUGAGCAUUCUGCUAAACAGUCUAGGAACCACAGAGGGUCUAAAUCUAACGACAACUAUGAUUCAUAUGGUGAUGGUUCCACCGAGUCCUCCAGAUCUGAUUGCAGUGCAUCAGGCGACGAAACUAAGUAUCACGGUCGUUAGGAAUCCGAUGACGAAAUCCAGUCAAUCACACAAACCAAAAGACUAAAAAAGUGAUAAGUUUGAAACGCAUAAAAAAAUUCAGAAAUAAUGUAGAACCAUCCUGAAAAGGAAGAAUCAGUUUCAAACUAAGAUGUAUUGAGUUUUUAAGUUAAAAAAAAAAGUAAACCUAGACCCACCGAGUCAAAAAUUCCACUUGUUGUACUGUUUCAAUCCAAGUCUAGACCAAGUCUGGUUUGCAAUAAAAUUUUUUAAUAAUAA